GAAGACUUAGAACUUGUUGAUCUUUGAAAGCCAAACGUGGUCCUAUUAGCAUAUGAUUUUGCUUUUAGUAAUUUGGAUAUCUGCAAGUUGUUCAUAAGAUGGACUUAUCAGAAGAAUGGAAAUCGCUGUUCCCAAUUGGAAGUGUCUUUGAUGCACCUUUACUUCUCUCAAGUCCCACAUCAAAAUCCAUUCUUGGUCCUCUUUUCUUUAACCCAAAUCGUAAGACUUUAACUCAACUCUAUAAAUCUCCCUCUCUAUUUCCUCCACUUCUGAAUCCGCCUCCAAGGCUUUCUUUAUCAAGAUUUCUUACUACUUCCACGACAUUUGACUCUCCUAUCCCUCUUUCCACUGCCUCCUCCAUCACUUCCCGCUUGGGUUCCCAAUUCCAUGACAAUUCUGCUUCUUUGCUAGCCCAUAACCAACUUCAAUUUCUAAACUGCCCACAUGAUAAUUCCGUUAUUGUGUUUUUUUCUACUGGCUGUAAUCACGAUCAAGUUGGGUUUUUGUUACUUUCUGUGAAUGAUAAGCGUUUGUGUGCUGUUGGGGAUUCUAGAGGUGGUGUUUUUGUUGCUAACAAGUGUUUGAAUCAAAGGAUUGUGAAGAUUUUGGUGAACCCAGUUGUGGAUUCUGGCUAUUUUGAAGGUAAUGCUUCUUCUAAGAUUGUUGGGUAUUUGUUGGUUUAUACCUUGUUUUCUGUGCAUUGGUUCUGUGUUAAAAUUGGUGAAAUUAAUGAAAGGCCUAUUCUGGGCCAUGUUGGUUGCAAGACUUUUAAGAGUUGCUCAAUUGUGGAUGCUUGUUGGAGUCCACAUUUGAUAGAGGAGAGUGUGGUUUUGUUGGAGAAUGGUGGAUUAUUUUUGUUUGAUUUGAACUCUGAUAGUUCUAAUGCAUAUUUUAGAGGAACCAAGUUGAAAGUCUUGUGGGAUGAUCUGGGUAAGUCUAAGAAUUUUAAAUGGUUGGGAUGUCAGUUCAGUUGGCAUCCCAGGAUUCUGAUUGUUGCAUCUUCCGAUGCAGUUUUCUUGGUUGAUUGGAGGUAUGAUGAGUUUAAAGUGACGUGUUUAGCAAAUAUUGAUAUGUUUGGUGUGUAUGCUCCAGUUGAAAAUGAACGGUUCCUGACUUUUUCCAUGGCAGUUUCUGAUCAUUUUCAAUUUGUUUUGGCCUCUGAGAACAUGUUAGCUCUAUGUGAUGUGCGCAAGCCAUUAAUGCCAGUGUUGCAAUGGGCUCACGCUCUUGAUAGGCCAUGUUAUAUUGAUGUGUUUAGAUUGUCUGAAUUGAGGUCAAACUCAAGGAACAGUAUACAUGAAUGGGCAACUACCUCUGGUUUUGGCAUUAUACUGGGGUCAUUUUGGAAUUGUGAGUUUAGUCUCUUCUGUUAUGGACCACCCCUUCCUGGUCAACAAGGGUCAAUUGCAUCAGAAAUUUCAAAAAUCUCCAAAUCUGCUUAUGCAUGGGAGCUCCCAUCUGAUCUCUUGCUGUCAGGUGAGGAGUGCCAAUGCGGAAGUUGUCUUGUAAAAGAAGAGUUUUUGAAGGAUGCACUUCCUGAUUGGAUUGAUUGGCAGCAGAAGAAAGACAUAGUUUUGGGCUUUGGGAUUUUAAGCAAAGAUCUCUCAUCCUUGCUCUUUGAGUCAGAUGAAUUUGGUGGAUUUACUUUGAUAAGAUUGAUGUCCUCAGGCAAGCUUGAGUCACAGAGAUACCAUGCAUCAUGGGAUUUGGUUAGAAAGUCAGAACAAGCUCACAGAGAUCCAUUGUUGUGUUCUGAAGACAACUUGCUUUUCUCCUUGGGUGAGGAGGAAUACAAGUUCCCAAGAAAAUUUAAGUAUUUGAAACUGGAGUAUUUAUUUGCAUAUAUCAACGGUAAUCUUUCUCAAGUCUUGGAUUUAAAUCUGAUAAAGACUUGCAAGGGUCCUCGUGAAAAAGAAUCUUUUAGUAUGGACUUUCAUGAAAUACUAUGUGAGAAGUUAAAGAUGUGCGGGUUCAGUCAAUUUAGGACAUCCCCUGCAAUUAGUGUUGUUUUUAACAACAUCGACUUGCCAACAAGCAUACAUGAGGUUGCUUUAAGGAGCAUCUGGGCAAGCUUGCCAAUGGAAUUCUUGCAACUUGCCUUUUCCAGCUACUCUGAGUUUCUCGAAGUACUUUUGGACCAGAAGAAGGUUGCUUUAGAUUUUUUAGUUGUUCCAGACAUACCCCAGUUACCUCCAUUUUUCUUUAGGAAGCCUUCAAGCCGUAGCAAUAGGUGGUCACAUAAAGUACCACGCACUGAUGCCCUUGUUGGUCCAGUUCUUCCUCUUCCCAUUUUGAUGACACUUCACGAGUUACGUAAUGGCUGCCCAAAUUCAGAGGACGAAAUAGGUCUGUUUUCACCAGAGAUGGAACUGAGCAAUCGAUGUAAUGAAGUAAUGCAAGUGGCCAGAGAAAUGGCCAUGCCAGAUUCUACUGUUGAGCUUCAUGACGAUGAUGCUGUCUCUCUGGCUGAUGACAGAGAUGACAUCUGGGUUGAUUUGGACAAACCAAGGUCAUUAUGUUUAUAUCGUCCUGUUGGAGUUCAGUGCUCAACUGAUGACCACCAAGAGAGAAACUGUGUCCAUAAGAUAGAUAGAUUUGCUUUCAUGAUGGCGAAAGUGCAUGAAAAAGAGUCCACCCAUAAGAGGGGGGAAACUAUGGGACAAGAAUUCUUCAAUGACCUGUGCCCUAUUCACAUGAAAUUUGAUGUUGCUGCUAUGGACUGUACCUUACAAGAAAUGAAAGCUUAUAGUUUGUUGAAGAGGCAUUUCUCAAAAUGGCAAGAAGAAUUCAAACCAUUUCAGGGAUUUUGUAACCGAUUUCAAAAGCAAGGCACAUGAAUUUGUCUCCUGUUUUCUGGAAAUUCUUUACUAUGUCAUUCCUGUGUAAUGACUUUAAUUAGUGCUUGCUUACAAUUUUGUACCUUAGCAUACGUAUACACCUGAGAUAGAGGAUGGCAUGCAUUCCAUUUGGAAACUGAUGUUAGAGUUCCAUAGAUGUUACAGUGUUUGGUAAACAAGGUUACUGAGAAUAUUUAAUUAUCUGUGGAAGCUGAGAUGAGUAAAGCAUGGAUUCAUUGGUGCUUGGAAGACAAUGCAACCAGAAUGUGUUACUUAUGCAUUUACUAUGAUGCAAGUUGCAGUUACUUUCAACAUCCAGGUGACACCAGGUUCUUUGGGAUGAGAUGAAUCAUUUUGAUGCAAACUUGCAAUAUUGUUUCAGGUUUUGAGUCUUUGUGGUGUUAAUGAUCAGGAUUUUGAGUUGACAUGGAAGUAGCAAGGACUCUAGAGGAUUUAGUGGAAUCCCAUGAGAGGUUCCUCUAUUCAAUUUUAGAGAAAGUUCUUCUUGGUGAACAUUCCCAACCUCUUUCCAAGACACUCUUUUGCCUUGUUUAACCUUAUAUUAUGUUUCGGAAGUCGUGCAGUCAGUUAUAUGAAGGCGUUUAUGAAUAGCAAGCAAGGAGCAUUGCGAGCUCUUUACCUUUUCGAGACAAAGGCAGACAACUGAUUAUCUUCAGAAACUGGUUUAAGUAUUGGUGAUAACAGGAAGACCCUAACACAAUGUGCAAAGAAAUUUUAUGUUGGGGCAGGAACUGAAUGCCAUAUAAAAGGAUCGUUCAGCGCCGCUCUAAGGAUUCUUCAUCCCUAUUGCAUGUGCAGAACAUUUUGAGUUGAAACUCCUUCCUGCUUGACUUCACCAAGUUGUAGAGCUGGUUGCAUCCUAUAUGAAAAGGAGUGAGGAAAUAUGUUCAAGUUCAAACUAAAUUUGCAAUCCGAGUCAUCAAAAGACUGGUUCAGUUUGAUUAAUUGCUCACCGCCUUAUGACUCAACAAUUGUGUGGUUUACUGCUGACAUCUGGAUGACAUGUUGGUUUGUAUUUCAUUGGUUAGUUUUGGGUACAUGAAGAUUCUCAACUGCCCUUCAUUAGAUUCAUCAAUUUGCUUUAGUAUUUUGUCAGUCAUUGAUACCUGUCCUUUACUUUUUUAGAUGGUAUGCGCUCCUUGUUGAUAGCUUGCAUGGAAGUUCUCAUCCAUAGUGAAGGACAUUCUGAGCUUCAUGGUCGCUGCCACUACCAGCAUAGGAGAUAGCUUCAAAGAUGAGAGCAUUCACUUCCUGGAAUCUAGCCUCAGAGAGAGAAACCUCGGAAAGCAGCCUCCAAGCAUUCUCCUCUGAUGCCUCCUCAUAGUCCUCCUUCCUUUUCAGCACCAUAUGGCCACUAAUUUCCCACACAGCUGGGUUCACUUGGGUCUCAAGAAGUUCAGGACUCACUUCCCCAAGAGCUUGUUUCUCUGCAUAACACUGUUGACCCAUUUUGUUUAACAUUAAUAACAUAAAUAUAAAUCAAGCAUUUAAUGACA